AGCAGCUUGUCCCGCCAAGCCCCAGCGCAACCACAAAGUAGGGCGCGGAAGCCUCCGUGACGUCGUGAAAGAGCACGCGGCGACUUCGCGCACUCAGAAAGGGGAACGCGGGAUGAAAACCGCCAAAAAAGGGAACAUCCAAAAUUUAGAGAGAGCGAUUCAAACUGAAGAAAAAGUUUACAAACAGCCACCUCGCGAAAUGAGAUCCAUAUCUCAAGAGUGACGCUUGCGUUGCGGGAAUCGUGGUUUGCAGGCGAUCGUUUGCUUUGGUCUCAAGCGAGGGGCCCUCUUUUAACGUCGGGAAAAAAAGAGAAAAAGAAAAAAAAAAAAAUCGACAAAAUGAGCGACGGCCCAAUGGAGCAACUGCCCCUACCAACCAGCCUCGCGGAGGUCGAAGCAUUGAUUCGCGCACUCUAUCAACCGAACUCUCCCGAGACCAUCUCCAAGAUCCAGGAGGUGCUUCACCGUUUGCAGCGGUCUCCUGAGGGAUGGCAGCUGGCCCAGAGCCUGAUCGCCCACCGCGAGGACAACAUCAGGUUCUAUGCCGCCCUGACGCUCAUCAUCAAGCUCAACCGAGAUAGUUCGGGCCUGAGCGAAGACGAUGCAAAGACUCUCCUCGAGAACAUCAUCAGCUGGACGAUCCAGUCGCUCGUCGACGGAGCAGGCAGCUUCGUCGUAAAGAAGCUCUGCACCGCGCUCGUCACUUUCUUCAUGCACUUCUCCCACUUGUGGCCCAACUGCAUCCGCCACUUCAUCCACUGCCUGGACCUUGGCCGGGGCGCUCCCGUGCACAGCCUGGACGACGCCCUCCCGACAGAUAUCCUCGUCAGCAAGCUGGACCGCCACAAGCUGAGGCUGGCGAUAUGGCUCGCUACCUCGUUGGUCGAAGAGGUCGGCAAGACCGACAUGAGCGCUCCGAAAUUCAUCCAAGUACAUGGCCGUCUGGUCAAGAACGGGCCCGACGUCGUCUGCCUGCUCGCCCGCGGAUUCUCCCCGCCCGAGGACAAUCCCAACCUGAAAACGCAGGGAGAGGCUCUCGGUUGUUUCCAGGCCUGGAUUCUGUAUGCGCAGCGAGCAUCCCCGAACCCAGACUUGGUAGCGCCCCUGAGACAGCUCGUCGGUCCUGCCAUCAACUGCUUCGCCGAUCCGGACCUCUUCCAAGCGACUGCCGAGCUGUUCAGUGACGCGCUCGGAAAUUAUUCAACCUUCUUCACCGACGAGCACUACGCCACGCUUGCCGCCCUUUUCGAGAGUCCCUGGGCGGCCGAACAGUAUCAGCGGUUGAUCCACGGGAACCACCAAGAGGAUGGGAUCUCGUUUGGUCUCGUCCUCCUGGCCUACGGAGACGCCAAGGUGCAGGAUCUCAUGCGCAGCACCGACAGCCGCUCCCAGAGGUUCCUGGAGAGCCUGAGCGGGCUUCUCGCCACCGACGGCUACCUCGUCGGCGAGGACUCCAUCUUUGUUCCCGCGCUUGAGUUCUGGUCUACAUUUAUCGAGACCAUGAUCGACUCCACGUACUCGGACGAGGAUGAGGCACAGGCUUGGAAGCCCUACGCCGAGCAGCAUCUCAAAACUGUCGUGAUGAACUGCUGGCGCAAGAUUCAGUGGCCCCCGGCCGAAACAUUCGCCGAGUGGGACUCGACCGAGCGCAUCGCUUUUGGGGAUGCCAGAAAGGACGUCACCGACAUGCUGCAGUCUGUCUUCACGCUCGAAGGCAUGAGCCUCGUCUCUUUCUUCGUCAACCUCUUCCUCCAAGCGCUCGCUGCGCGGUCCUGGGCCGAGAUUGAAGCAUCGGCCUUUUGCCUCGGCGCCCUGUCCGAUUGCAUCUCGGACGAUGCCAAUUUCGAUCAGGAGCUCAGCAAGGUCUUUGCCUCCCCAUUCUUCGACCUUCUCGGCCAGGCCCAAGGUCCGAUCCCUCUGCGCCUCCGCCAGACCGGGCUGGCGCUGAUCGAGCGGUACUGCGAAUACUUUGAGCGCAAUGCCCAGUACCUACCCGACGCUCUCAACCUCCUCUUCGCGGCCCUCGGCGACUCCGUCCUCGGAGGGCCGUCCGCCAAGUCCAUCUCUACGCUGUGCUCGUCAUGCCGCUCCAUCCUGACCGGCGAGGCCGGCGCUUUCAUCAACCACUACCAGACCAUCCGCAGCAGCCAGGUGCUCGACUCGUUGGCCGAGGAGCGGAUCGUCCUCGCCAUUGCCUCCAUCAUCCAGGCCGUCAAGGACGAGAACCAGAGGCUGGGCAUGUUUGAGGAGCUCUCCGGCGUUCUCAAAAAGGACUUUGAGCUCGCAGUCCAGCUCAGAGCGAACCCGGGUCUGCUAAACCUUCAGCACCCAGAUUUCCUGAGAGGCCUCGAUCCGCCGAACCCGCAGUCUGCGCCCCCGGCGGAGGAGAUCGCUCUGCAGAUCGCCCUCCGGUCCAUGAGGUGUCUUGCCAGCAUCGCCAAGGGCAUGCAGGACGUCAAGGAGCACCCGGUGGACCUGGACAGCGAGCCACGGCCGCUUGAUCCCAACAGCGGGCUCGCCCGCUUGCAGGAGAACAUGAUGCGGGUCAUGGUAGAGGUCCAGCGCGUGUUCAGUACCAGCGGGGAGGUGGUCGAGAUCAUCUGCAACAUCUUCCGCGCCGGUUUCUCCGAGACCGAGCCGGGGCCGUUCGUCUUCCCGCCCGACGCGGUCACGGAUUACUUUACGCAGCAGCGGUACGAGACGCCGCGGGUGGGCACGCUGCUAAGCACGGCUUGUUCCUUCGUCGGCAGCUUAUACCGUGGACCGAAGGCCUACGUCCCAGCGCAGCUCGCGCGGCUCCUGCCGUGGGUCAUCUCCAUUCUCCAGGCGUUGCCAGAGCCCGAAGCCGACACUGAAAUCUCGGUCAACGGCAUAAACUUUGUCGACAAGGUCAUCUCCAAAUACCCGGACGUCCUCUUCCACCCCCACCACGCCCCGCUCCUCGAGUUCUUCUUCCUCUUCUCCAUCAAGGUCCUCGACGGCAACGAGCCCCUUCCAAAGGCGGCAGCAUCCGAGUUCUGGGUGAGCAGCCAACGAACCCGAGCCCUGCUCUUUCUCCCCUCCUGAAUGAAGCCCC